AACUUCGUCGGGUUUAGUAUAUUCGCUUUCGCAUCCAAUACCGCCUCGAAAAGUGUAUUUCCUAUCCCAAAAUUAAAAUAAGUUCAUCACACAAAAACACCUCCCAAAACCGUCUCUCGCUCUCUAUCUCUUUAUUGUCUGAAAAUAGUUUCGUACUCGCAGAAAAAAGAAAUAAAUAAACAAAACCGUUUUCUCGCAUGUCGCAUUGUUUUCAAGUCAUUACAAAAAUUUUUCUUUUUAACUGUGUUGUGUUUUCAAUUCCAAGAAAAUUGGUACAUGACUUAAACCUAUUGUAACCAACCUAUCAAUUUCGAAAAGUCAGUUAGGAAAAAUCCACAUCUGAGCUUAUAGAGUUUAUUUCUUGUAAAACACCUCGAAACGGUUGAUCUCAAAUGAAUCGGUAGACCGGUGGUGGCGGCUAGGCGCGCAUGGACCGAAAACGAACGACACCGAACGGGCGGCGCGGCGUACUAAAUAUUUAUUUGAGAAUUUAUUUAUAACAUCGAAAUGAUGCGCUAAGCUUUUUUCGAAAGUGGUCAAAUGAUUAACACGUUUAACCAAUUUUCUCUUUUUGUUUUCUGAACAGCAGCAAUUCAGAACGUUCACUGCUGGAGGCGUUUAGUUCGGUCCCGUUUCUUUUUACUUAAUUUAUUUUUUAAAAGAAAAAAAAAUAUUUUAUCCUCGGAAAUACCUUUCUGUCUCCAAUCCAAUAAAAUUCCCAAAUUUACGAAUUAUUGAUAAAUCCACAGUUUUUGAAAAAUCACUUUCCCCGAAAAUACUGUGUGCUGCGGUGAUUUUGGAAAUUUUUGUGUCUGAUUUUGUGAAAAAAAGAAGAAAAUGAAAAGUACUCGCUUUUCGAUUAUAUAAAAUUAGCUCUCUGUUUUUUGGGUGUGUGCAAAAGCAAUUCAAAAUACGAAGAAAGAAGAAAGUGUUCCUAGUGUUCGAAAACUCAAAGAAUCAAAAAAAUCAUACUACUCGUUGCUCGUUGAUUUGGAGAGGAAUGAAGAUAUUUUUUUUGUAUAAGAAAAUAAUUUCUCGUUUUUGAAAAAUGUGUUCUCCUCCGAUACUUACAAUGUUUGAUCUUGUGUUAAGAGGUGCUGUUGUGGUGAAUUAUGUUGAUGGAUUGUUUUAAAUUUAGGUCAUUGUUUUUAAUUUUCUGUUUUUUAAUAUAAACUUUGUGUACAAAGAGUUUGCUAUUGCGUUGGAAUAUUUGCGGUGGCCAGGCGACUACGAAUACUACGACCGACGACCGACGGAAGGCGGCGGCGGCGCUGUGGCGGUUUUUAGUUAUACUCGGCAUAAUCCGAGUUCGAGUUGAGAUAGAGAUAUUUUAAAUUGCAUUGAGAAUUAAAAAAAAAAAAAAAUCAUCAUGGAGAACGAAAAACCUCGUUCAACACCGAACAGUCAAAGAUCCUCAUUUACAAAAGAUAAACCUUAUGCGCCAAAUCCCGAACAAGAGUUUUCUGAACCCAUGCAAAGGAUUUUAGGUUUUGACGAACGUAAGUCGACUUUCUACAAGACUCUAGAGGAAGCUUUGGCUGUAGAUUACAAUAGAAUAAGAAAUGACGUCGAAAACGACAGAAUACCAGCCCAUUUACCUAAAUAUCCCACCAAAGAAGGAGAAACUCCUACAAUCGAAGAAAAAACUAAUUAUUAUUUCAAUCUGUUGAAAAACGAAUGUUACGAAUAUAUUGAACCAUUGCACGAAGGAAUUGGACUAUCGAUUGGUGCAGCAAUCGAAACAUCAACUGCUUUCGAUCAUUUGAAUAAAUUGCACGAUUUACUGGACAAAAUCUGUGAUAUGUUAGAUCAAAAUUAUAAAAUGCAAGUUUAUAUGCAUGAUUUGAAGACUUUAACUGAAUUGAAAAAUAUUGAAAAAAAGGAUCUUAGUGAAUACGAUGAUAUUGAACUUUCUGAACCGGAAUCUGAUCUUGAAACAAAUAUUUCUCUUCUUAGCUCGAUUUUGGAGGCGUCUAAAAGUACACCACUAAAAAGGACCACAGCAAAACAAGGAUCCCGAGAAAGAAGUAAAUCAGUGUUUGUGCCAGGUGCUAAUCAGCCCACUGAAAAGGACCCCAAACCACCACCUAUUCGACGUCAAAGUGUCUUUACCGAAGGCAAAUCAAAAGUAUCGAAAUGGACAAAAGUAAAAGCGGCCUUUAAAUGGGAAAAGGCAAACGUACCCGCACUUAACGAAUGUAAAAGCUCCGAUUCUGGUAUUGGACUUCUGCCUAUAAACCAUGAAGUUGCCAGAUAUUUGAGAGUCCCAUCGGUUCCAUGCGGAGGAAGUUCAGCUGAUAGUAUCCUCAGUUCAUCUUCGGGACAUCUCCUAAGCGAGACUGGCACACCGGGCACCAUAAGCUCGGCUAGCUCUGUUGAUGAUAUCGAACGUGCUAUUCAAACAUCGCGGCGUGAUUCAUCAAAAAGCGACUCCAAAUGUGAAUUCCGAGUUACAGUCGAAAGUGAUAACCAUCGCAGCCAUUCCAUUGAUGGAGAACUAGGAUCACUUUAUAACAAACAAGAAAUUAAAGAUUCUUCACCAUUUCAAAUAAAACACCAAAGAAAUAUAAGCGAAAGUUCAGAGCACAAAAAUAGUCCAACGACAAGUCAAAGCUCCCUGGAUCGACUUGUUGAUUCAGUCAAGAAACCAACAAAAUCAUCCUCUCUGAAGGGCAUUCGCAAGAGUAAAAUUGUUUCAGACUUUGAAGCUCUUCCCGAAGAUGUUAUUGUUGAUAUAACUAGCAGACCCAAACGGGAAAAAACCCUCCCAAGUCCGUUGAAUUUGAAUUUAAGACACGACUUAAGUGAAUCAGAUUGUGCGGAUUACUCCCAAUCUCCCAGUGGAACAGCUAAAAGUCCUUGGGAGAAAACGAAAAGCCGAAAAUUCCAGUCUCCAGGAAAUUCUUCGGUUCCCAGCAGUCCGUCAAGACACUCUGAAUUCUUCCCAGAAUUUGAAAGUGAAGACCUAUCGAGUGGUGAUUUCUCCGAACCGACUACUCCGCAUAACAAGCUAUUUUCGAGCAAUAGUCUGCACAUGCAACAGGAGGAGAUAAAUCAGCGCUAUAAUGCCCUCAGAGAACGGCUUAAAAUGGAAUUUGAAGCAAAACGACAAGAAUGGGAUAAAAUACGAAACAUGUACAGCAAUAACAAGACAUCUGCUUAUCAUAUUGUGGGUAAGGAAGAUCCACCACAACAACAGCAAGCGAAGAUUGUAUCAACCAAAGUUCUUGAAGAAAAUUUGACACCCGACUUUAAAAAGAAACUUCACAAGUGGCGUGUUAAGAAGCAAAUUUCCCUUCAUGGAAAUGCAUCGAACAAAGAACCACAAAUUUCACCAACAAAAGAUACUGAAUGCAAGAAAAUCGAUUGGAAUUUAUGGAGGACUGGCCAAAUAAAGCUGGAAGGUCAAGGACUUAGUCCAUUGCCAGAUCAGAAAGAUCUUCCUGAAGAUUUCCAAAGAAAACUCGAACAAUGGAAUAAAAUAAAAAGUUCAGGACCAGCUCAUAGUGGUCAUGAUUUUACACGACGUUCAACGAAAUGUGAAUUGGUCAAGAAGCCCGGUGAAGAUGAUAAACAAAAAUCAGAGAAGGAAAAACCAAGAACUCACGAAAGAGAUAAGCUUGAAAGGCUCUCUAAACUAAAAGCCAUUGUUGCUGAUCCUCGAGCUAAGGAAAUUGAAGUCAAAACAACAGCUGGAGUAAUGAAAUUCGAAGGAAUCUCAAGAAAAUUCACGCGAAAAUUAUACGAGUGGGAGAAGGCUCGAGGCAUUGGACCGGAAUCAUCGACUUUUGCUCUAUUGCAUCCCGGUUACUGUCCAAUUGAUGUUGGGAAAAUUCCAAAAGAAUGCAAAAAGAAUGAAAAUUCACCAACUUUGAGUAGAUCACUGUCUCUAGACAGUGUAGCUCCCAAUGUCUCACUUCCAAUGAUAUCUCACCAAACAUCAAGCUUAUCCUUGAAUGAUGUUAAUGAUUUGAACGAAGCUGAAAGUACUGAUGCUGAAUUAAGAGCCGAUUGUGAUUUGAAGCAAAGGGAUUAUCCAUAUGAGCCAGAAGCUGUUAUGGUUGAAGUAGAAGAUGAUAUUGUUGAGACAGCAUGUCCCUUAGUUGCAGUGUUGCCGAUGGUGGAACAGCAGACACCUGUCUACAAAUACGCAGAGGUUACUUGCAGUGAUUUUUGCAAAUCGCGUAGUGUACAAAGCUUUGAGUCCCAUCAUAGUAACGAAGGAGAUAAGAUAAAGACUCUCAACUACAUAAAUGACUUGUGGCUUCAGUUGGAGAGUAGAAAUCAAUUUAGCGAUGAGAAUUUGAGAUAUUUCCAAACUGUUUUUGCAACAAUGCGAGGCUCUUUUUCGGAAUUCGAAAGCAAUUUGAAUAGCACCGGUGCUAAAAUGUCUUUCAUCAAGGCCAAAGAAUUAGUCGAAGAUUUGUUUACAAUCAAUAAUUUGCUGUUGCAAGACGAAGCUUGUUGUCAAGAAUUGAUAGAUGAACGACAAAUGAUAUUUCGAAAUAAACUUGAUGAACUCCAUACAACUCUUAAUGAGGUCCGGCAGUUUAUUGAAUCUGAAAGGAACAACACCCAAACUGUUCCAGAUAUUAAUGUAACCUACGAUGACGGAAUAGACGAUGAUUGCUUCAGUGUGUCUUCAACUCUGGCCAACACAGCUAUGGCACUAGCAGCUGCUGCCUUUUCAACAACCGUUGAUGUAUCUGAUGAUGUUGCAACACCAAUUCCUGAAACUCCAGAUCUAGAAGCUGUUCGAAAAAUUGGCAAUCGUAAUGGAAGUACGAAGAAGAAGCUACGCCUUCGUAAAAUGGGCUCGAGACAGAAUAGCAAAACGGAAAGCGACAGUACUGAUGGUGAGUGUGGAGGUGUUGUUGAAACUCCACGAAGAAUCAAGCGAAAACCAAGUAGUCGUAUAAAACAGCGAUCUUUUGACGAAGAUAGAAAGUCUGCAGAGGAAAACCGGCCUCAAGAUGACACCGUCAAUGCCGGCGAAGAUAUUGUGUAUGUUUUAAAGGUAAAACCGGGUCAGCCGAUAGAACAGCAAGAAAUCUGCCAAGAAAAAGCAUCUAAGCUCUUGAUAUCGCCCACUGAAUCAUGCGUGCAACUAAUUCAUAAUCCUCAACCAGAAGUUACUGCAACAGCAACAAACAAAUCGAAUGUUUUCGUCAAGACAAAACGAAAAGUCUUUACUGCUGUUGAAGAACCAGGUUCGGCUGAUAAGUUGACUGCUGUUGCAACAGAAUUAGCUGAAAAUAUUCAAAAACCUGAAAUCGUAACAUCGAAUAUCACACCAGAAAAUCAAAAUGCUCCUACAGAAAGCUACAACACUAAUAAUUCUAAUAAACCCUUAAUUUCUCCAGGAAUUCAAAACAUGAUAACCAAACUUUCAGAAAGUAUGCCUUUAGAGAAAAUCGUAAGCUCCUCAAAUCGAAGAAAAUCUGAUUCAUUUCGGAACGAACAUAGCCAUAUUUACAAAUCUGUAAGUGCCAGUAGCAUUUUUGCAGAUGUGCCAAACGAUAUUCAAAAGAAACCCGAGAGCAACUUGACUGCCAAAUCUUUGAGCUUCGCCAACCUUAAAAAAGGCUGGGAGUUCUAUCAAACUACAAACCAUGCCUCGCAUCCUCUCAAAACUCGAAUACCUCUGGCAAAUGAUAGCUUUAGACUUCUUAAGAAAAUAAACCCAACACGAGUUUCAAGAGGAUCACAGUCACCUAGUCAAUUACCGGAAAGACGAGAGCAUCUAUUUCGAAAGAACAGGUCUGGUAGUCCGGUGGUAAGACUUAGUGCAAAAGGAAAACGCAUAGAAUCUAAACUAGCAAAAUCUGUAACCUCAGCGGAGGUACCAGGAUACCCCUUGUCACCUGACAAAUCCGAUAACACAAUCCCCAGAAUAACGAGGAAACUAGAAAACAAAUCCCUAACUCCGACCGCAAAGAGCACGAGCUUCUUUCAAGAAACAGUUCCUACACCAUCCGCAUCGGCGCCCACCACACCGAUGACCGAUAUACUCGAAAAGCCACGAACACCCUUGUCCGAGAGAGCUAUACGAUUGCAAAAAGCUAAAGAGGAAUUUCUUAAGAGUGGCGCCCUUCCAAAAACCACCAUGCGCCGAGAUGAAGCCGAUGUCCAACGAACUCGUGAAAAAACCGAAAAUAGACGCAGCCACCAGAGCAUGUGCAGCGAUGUUAGCGGGAGCGGCUUGGAUGAAAUGAGCUAUCUAAAAAGCAUAAGUGUAGGAACUCUCCCUGCUGACUCUGAUUGUUCAGAGCAACAACAAAACGAGGGCUACGAUUCGUUACCACGUGCUGUGAGUCGUUCGGCCAAGCUAACAAGCAAAUUGGGCUUUGCAACAUUAGCAUCAAAAUUUAGAAAGGUCAAAUUGCGCCGAGGAAGUAAAGACAGCUCUUCAUCCCAACAACCCAUUAAAGAGAACACCUUGUCGAUUUUAUGCAGACAAAGUCUGUUUGUGGAUCUAAAUCCAGUCACGCAGCAGAAUCUCAUGAAAUCUCAAAGCUCACAAGCUGCCAUUGGUGGUAUGAGAGCUAAGCUGGAAUCAUCAAAUGCUGAAUCAGAUGCUCUCAAUAAAUCAAAAAGCGAACAUUUUUUCCCUCACAGAAAAAAAGAAAGCUGCGUUUAAAAUAAUGAGUUUAAUAAACAAAUAAUAUUUUAUAUAAACGUAAAUAAUAACUAAUUUUUUAAGGUUUGAUAUUGUAACUAAUUUUUAUUUUGAUUAUUGUGUAAAUAAUAAAGCCAAAGAUAUUUAAAAUUGA